AAAGAAACAUUUCACACGUACGGCGCCCGAAUACGAUGGACUGGAUAGCGCCGCAUCGAUGUUGGCACACACACAUUCACAACGCACAACUCUAGCACACCAGUGUCAGCAGUAGCAGUGGUACUGAGGACGGUGCGCGCUCUGUUUUCGCCUUUAUUAGGUAUGAGAAAUACAAGUCUCGCAAGUCUCACCGUCUGAUCGUCCACAUCGUGCACAACUACUUCAUGGUGGCGUAAAUCGCGCGCGUGGAAACCACCCGCAGCGAAAUGGACUCGGAGGAGGAGACGUACGACGACGUCGACUCGGGCAACGAGUCUAGCGGCGACGAUGCGAUGGAUUUCGUCAUGGAGGUCGAGCUGUCCGAGCGGCGCGAGAAGGCGAACGACUCCGACGAUUACCCCUACGAGGUGUUGUCCACCGAGGAGAUCGUCCAGCAUAUGGUCGACUGCAUCAAGGAUGUAAAUACGGUCGUCGAGAUUCCAGCAACAACCACAAGAAUACUUCUGAAUCACUUCAGGUGGGAUAAGGAGAAGUUGAUGGAGAGGUUUUUCGAUGGGGACCAAGAACAAUUGUUCAAGGACGCCAAAGUCGUGAAUCCUUUUAAGAAUAUAUGCUCUCAAGUUAUUCCUAGGAAAUUAUCGGUGGGCACAGAAGAGUGUGAAAUAUGCUUUAUAGUCUUUCCAUGUCCACAUAUGACUGGGCUUGAAUGCGGACACAGGUUUUGUACGCACUGCUGGUGCGAAUAUCUAACAACAAAGAUCAUGGAAGAAGGUGUAGGGCAGACAAUUGCAUGCGCUGCCCAUGGAUGCGAUAUUCUCGUGGACGAUGCAACGGUGAUGCGGCUAGUUAAGGACUCCAAAGUUAGGCUUAAAUAUCAACAUCUUAUUACUAACAGUUUUGUUGAGUGUAACAGAUUGUUGCGAUGGUGUCCAUCGCCUGACUGCAGUAACGCGAUCAAAGUCCAAUACGUUGAACCACACCGCGUCACCUGCAAAUGCACGCAUACAUUCUGUUUCGCUUGCGGUGAGAAUUGGCACGACCCAGUUAAAUGCUCCCUGUUAAAACUGUGGAUCAAAAAGUGCGAUGACGAUUCGGAGACGUCCAAUUGGAUCGCGGCGAACACGAAGGAAUGCCCACGAUGUAACGUGACGAUUGAGAAAGAUGGCGGCUGUAAUCACAUGGUAUGCAAGAAUCAGAACUGCAAAGCGGAUUUCUGUUGGGUAUGCCUGGGGCCUUGGGAGCCGCACGGUAGUAGUUGGUAUAAUUGUAAUCGGUACGAUGAGGACGAGGCGAAAGCGGCGCGCGACGCGCAGGAAAAGAGUCGUUCCGCACUGCAGCGCUACUUGUUCUAUUGCAAUCGGUAUAUGAACCACAUGGCUAGCCUCAAAUUCGAGCACAAGCUGUACGCGUCCGUGAAGGAGAAGAUGGAGGAGAUGCAGCAGCACAAUAUGAGCUGGAUCGAGGUGCAGUUCCUCAAACGCGCCGUCGAUAUUCUCUGCCAGUGUCGGCAGACGCUCAUGUACACGUAUGUCUUCGCCUACUACCUACAGAAGAACAACCAGUCUGUGAUCUUUGAGGAGAACCAAAAGGACCUCGAGAGUGCCACUGAGAAGCUCUCCGAGUACCUGGAGAGGGAUAUUACGUCUGAAAAUCUCGCCGACAUCAAGCAGAAAGUCCAGGAUAAAUACAGAUACUGCGAUGGACGUCGUAAAGUCCUCCUCGAACACGUCCACGAAGGCUACGAGAAAGAAUGGUGGGUGUACAACGUCAACGAGAAGAUCUAGUCCCUAAGUAAACUAGCCGUAGUUACCUCAUCGAUAAACAAACAAAAAACAAAAACAAACGCUGCGAAAAAAAGAAGAAGAAAAAAACGCCGUAACUGUACUUAUGACUUUAUGACUUUACAAACACUAUCGGCAUAACAUAAAACAACAGUUUGUUCUCUCAUUAAUUUAAAUAUCUGUUAAUUUUUAUUAUUAUUAACUAUACACACACACACAUACAUACAUAACCUAUAUUACGAUAACAUAUUCGCUGAAUUUUUACACUUGGAUCGAUUUAAGUUCUGUCAAAAUGUGAUAUACUACCAGAAAAAUGAUGUAUACAUAGUUUUUAUUGGCACAACACACACACACACACACAUUUACACACUCUCAUACACACAGGGUUCUUUCUAUAAGAUAGCAAAUGUUUGUGGUAGAUGUCUCUUUGGUUUCUAAUGUAACAUAAUUCAUUGAUUUGAUUCCGCUCGCGACGUUUCGAUAUCAUAUCAGUUGUCAAACUCCGGUGAUACGCUGUAUAUUUGCUCUCCCAUGAUGAUGAGACAGGAAGGAAACCUAGCCCCGAAUACGACAUGGCCAAACAAAUAAUUCGUUUACUUGUUAUUAUUCGAUGGCCAGCCUGCCGCAUGCGUUCAUUUUAGUUUCGAAGGGAAAAAAAACCAAUGCUUGUAAAAAAUUGAUAAUGAAACAAAGAAAAAACACAGAAAACAAAUAGAGAUUAUAUCUAUUUUUAAUAUCGACGAUGAAUAAUUGUAGAAAGUGAUGCAGAUGAUGAUUGUAAAUAUGUUGAAUUUGGUUUAUUAAUGAUGAUGAAAUCAUGUUUCUUUAUUGGUAGAGAUGUUCUAUUUGCGAGAGGAAAUCAUUUUAAAUUAGCGCGCCCUCACUUCUAUUUAAAUUAAAAAAGUAUUUUAUAGUGAAAUAAACAAAAACUAAUUCUUGAGGAAGUAAAACACGUGAUCGAAGUGACAGAAUAAAGGAUGUGAAACGAAUUGAUUCAAUUAAUUAAUUAAAAACGAUUUGUAAAACAUAAA